AUGAUGCGAAUCAUUGUCGCUUUUUCGGUAUUGUUUGUUCUGUGUGAAAUAACAUCUUCCUUUGCCUUCGUUUUCGAAGACUGUGGUUCGGAGGCAGGCAAAUUCAAUGAUGUUUCGAUUUCAAGCUGUGAUGUGUCCGAUGAGAAAUGCUCAUUACCCCGUGGCACAGACAUAAACGUAUUCCUCAAAUUUACAUCAGAUAAAGAUAUUUCGGACGUCAAAGCAUAUGCGUUUGGCAUAUUGCUCGACGUGGCUAUACCCUUUCCAUUGGAAAAUUCUGAUGUUUGCAAAAAUCCAAAUUCGGGAGUCAAAUGUCCUUUAAAGAAGGAUCAGGAAACUGAGUUUAAAGAUACAUUUAAUGUGGAUAAGAAGACUCCUGCAGUAAGCGUCGAUGUUAUCUGGGAAUUUAGAAAUGAGAAGGACGAGAAGAUUAUAUGUAUAAAAUUUCCAGUGAAAAUUGUAUAA